GAGCUAGGAGUACCUGUCUUCAGUACUGUUAACACCUACUGCUCUCGAGAGAUCCACGAACACCAGCAUAUGCUUGCCACUGUUGUUUUAUGGGGAAAUAAUUAGUCUGUUAUUAUAAAUAUAUCACGAGGAAUAAAGUUGUAGUAGACUUCGCUGAUCUGGUGACUAUGUGUUUUUGCCUAUGUGAUAAUGAUGAAAAACGGAUUUAAAAGCCAUUGCGUAAGAAUCGCAUAUUUUGAAAAGCUCUCGGAAAUAAAUUACAAGCAGGAUUUCUGUGGUUAAGUAUUUUAACAAGUUCUUCCGUACCGUACGAAUUAUUUUAAUGAGAAAUCUCGUGAGAGGGUGUGAAUAACACGUGUUGGGAGUCAUAGCUGUGCAUGUUUAUUUUAGUGCUUAAAAACAGCACAUGAACAUUAUACCGAUCUAUGUGAACCUCUGUAUGAAUAAAACUGUAACAGUUGGUCAUAAUUUUUGACAAAGGAAGAACAAAAAAUAGAAAUUUAAUUGUUGGGAUUCGGGAAUAAAUGUUUUAAAAGCGGGCGUUAAUAAUAAUUCGGUAGUAGAGACGAUAUUUUUCAGUACAACAUCAUGAUGGAGGGGAAAACAGCAAGCGUAACGAUGGAAUAUCUGAACUUCGCAGUGCGGUAGCGUCAUAGACGGAUUUAACGGCUUUAUUUCGAGGCCGUAACGCUAUUGUUCAACAUGGUUACAUUAAGUGAAGGUCGUGCUUUAGUGAUACUAACGUUGGCAAUAGAGAUGUGUUGCCAAUCUGCCAGCAGUAACGUCACAGAUGGAAAGGUUCCCAAGGUGGUCUCGCUUACAGUACGCUCUGAUAUCAUGUUCAGAUUUGCAGAGACGGUGGUGACCUCUACGGUCGUGAACGAACUUUACGAGGCACGGGAAACGACGUUCGACGUGAAUCUUCCAAUGGCGGCAUUUACAUCAAAUUUUACAUUGAUGGUUGACGGGAUAGCCUACCCUGGCACGGUCAAGGAGAAAGAACAGGCUCUACAGACAUACGAAAAAGCGAAGCGGAAAGGACACUCCGCAGCACAUAUGUUCCACGACAAGCCACGAGAUUCGAACCGUUUCCGCGUAAGUAUCAACAUCGCCGCGCAGUCGGAGGUGACGUUCAUCUUGACGUACAACGAGGUGCUCCAGCGGAAACGAGGCCACUACGACCACGUGGUCUACAUCGACCCGAAGCAGAUUGUGGACCAACUGCUCGUGGAGGUGUACAUUUCCGAGUCGAGGGAGAUAACCGCUCUGAGAAUACCUCCCGUCAGAAACGACAUAUGGGCAAACGCGUUUUCUUUGCCGACAACGAACGAACUGGCGCUUGUUGAGCGACCCUCACCCCGCACUGCCUACAUCCGAUACAGCCCCUCUCCGGCGGAGCAGGUGCGCGUGUCCACGCACGGCAUCUCGGGAAUGUUCAGCGUUCAAUAUGACGUCGAGAGGUCACUGGACGUUGGGGAUAUGUAUAUCGUGGACGGGUAUUUCGUUCACUUCUUUGCCCCAAUCGGUAUCCAGCCCCUCCGCAAGAAGAUCCUCUUCGUACUCGACGUCAGUGGUUCCAUGAGCUUCGGAAGGAAAAUCUACCAGCUCAAGGAGGCAAUGACUCAGAUUCUGACUGAACUGAGCUCGGACGACCUAUUCAACAUUAUCACGUUUGCGAGCCAAACGGACUCCUGGUCUCCUAGAAUGCUUCCUGCCUCCAAGGCGAAUAUUGCUGCGGCAACCGACUACGUACAGGAACUUAUCGCCGAUGGAGGAACAAACGUUAACGACGCUUUAGUAGGCGCGAUCAAUAAUCUUCAAGACUUCAGCGACGUGGGUGUCAGCGCUCCGAUAAUCGUUUUUCUCACAGAUGGUGACCCGACCGUCGGCGUUACAAGCUUCAAAAAAAUCCUUAACAAUAUCGAUGAACGGAACAGAGAUAAAAUUCAGAUCUUCAGUUUAGCUUUUGGCGAUGAUGCCAACUAUAACUUUUUGAAAAAGAUUUCUGCGCGGAAUAGCGGCUUCGCUCGGAAGAUUUACACCGACGCCGAUUCUACGCUUCAGUUGGUCGGAUUUUACGACGAAAUUUCCAACGUCCUGCUGUCAAAACUGUCGUUCACGUACCUUGACGAUACCGUCAACUUGACGUCGGUGACGCGAACGCAGUUCCCGAGCUUUUUCGACGGUUCGGAGCUGGUGGUGGCCGGACUAUUGAACGAAAAGGCAGAUGACUUCAACGCGAUUACGAUGACCGUAGUCGGCACCAGCAACCAGGGCCUGUUGGAGUUGACGGCGACAACGGAAGUGGUGCAAAACAACAGAAAUACACUGUCAGAGUUCAAGACCCGGUUGGAUUUCCCUACGAUCGUGCAGAAGACGUGGGCCUACCUGACCAUCAAGAAACUACUAGAAGAGGAGCUUAAGACGGAGAACGCGUUGCUAAGGGACGACCUCCGCCUGGACGCCGUCAAUCUGGCCAUUAAAUAUAACUUUGUGACGCCUGUGACAUCAAUGGUGGUAACCAAACCCGAGGAGAAGAAAUCUAACGAGACCGACUACAACGUUCAGGAAGACGACGCAAGAGUUCUCGAUGAGGAAGACGACCCUGGGAAUGCUGCUCUUACUUCCCCAUCCGGUCCUCAAGCCCUGGCGGGAAAAAUAAAACACUCCAAGGCGAUGGCGGACAACGACCCGCACUUUAUCGUGAACGUGAAGGAUUUGGAAUACGCCAUCUGCUUUGACGUCAUGGGAGAGGAGGGUGACGUUUACCAACUCAUGACCGACAAAUACUCAGGUCUUACAGUGAACGCAAAGGUGGUUGCAAACAAAAUGCCAAAAGAAUCAAACAUCACCGUCUUUACGCCACCUGGCGUUAUCAAAACCUUUUUGGGGGAGAUAACUAUAAAGCGCUGGAAGUUUUCCCUUCACAUCACUCCCACUAAGCUAACGCUGAUGGGCGAAACCAUAGAUUGGGAGAAUGGAACUACCCUGGGUCAUGGGAAAACUAAGAUCGUCGUAGAUCAGGAGGGAACAAUGGUCGUGGUGAUUUUCAGCGAUAGGGUUACACUUUUAGUGAUGCGUCACAUGAAGCCAAAGUCACAGUUGAGCACGGGCAAGGUCAACUUUUUGGGUUUUUAUAUCGUCGAGCACAAGGGUCUUUCAUAUCAUACACAUGGUUUACUUGGACAGUUCCUUUAUCGAAAUGUGAUUUUAAAGAAAACGAAAAAUCGUAAAGGUAAACUUAUGGGUCGGCUACGUGUAAGCGGAAACACACAACGACCCAGGAAAGUAAUGGCUACACUGGGGCAUCGUUUGAAUCUAGCAACGAAUACUUCCGUUUCCUGUUGGAUGGUGCAACACAAUGGCGGGGCUCUUUUGGACGGUGAUAUUACGGAUUAUCUUAUAAAAAGAAGAAACACUGGCAGUGAUAAUAAGGCAGUGAAAGAUCAAAUUGAUUUAGGUGACGAAGGACCCGAUCUUUCUGAGAUGACCAACGAUAGUACUUUCUCAGUCACCGGGUCUGUGAAACAGGUAUUUGAAACUGAAAGUGAAAAUUACGAUGAUGAAGAUGUCUCAGAAGGAGACAACGAAAUAAUAGAACUGGAUAAGGAGACGUUAGACGACGAGAAAUGAAUAACUGUCAACAAUUGAGUAGAUGUUUAAAUAGAAGAAAAAUGACAUUUGAAAGCAUUCCUGUAUGAUAAAUGGGUUAUGGGACAAUGUGUUUUGUUUCUCUCGAGGUUAUAAUACUGCACUUUUAGGAGUCUGAAGAAUGUGUUUCUUGAUAUAUCAGAACUCAUGUGCAAAAAUGACUUAAAUAGGUCACUGAACAAAUUAAAAAAUAAGUAUUCAUAUAUCCUCUGGAAUAAGGGUGUUGUGAAAUAAGUGUCUUUUCAACGAACGACUGUGUUUGUAUAACUAAUACUAUUCAUGUUCAUAUAUGAACUAUAAACAUGGGCGGACGAUGGAUCUAUACAUCAGUAUUUUCCAUUUAAAUUGGAGACAAGACAAUUCUAAAUGAAGACAAUAUAAGGCAUGUAUAUGUUCUUGACUUCAAAUGCUGCUUUACUCGUUAUUCAAAAAGUGCUUGGCUGUGCGUUCGUCGCAAACGGAAACAGUUUUAUUUGUGAGUGACAUGAAGGAUAUCAUGAAUGCCAUUUGUGAAACUAUAUGUGUUUUUGUCCACAGUAUGUCUCGGAAAUUAAAUACCCCCGUGACUCCAGCUUUGAUUUUUGCCGCAAUUACUGUAUAUUAUUGUUGUAAAUUUGCUUACCCUUUCCUCAAUGUUGUUUGGAUGUAUGUAUACUAAUCUUGAUCAAUCCAAAUAUAUAAGGAGAUUGUGUUACUGUUAUAUAGUGCUAUUUUUGUACCUUAUUGCAGUACAAUUUGUAGCACAAAAAUCAAAUGAAUUCACAAACUUUGUCAAUAUCACAUUUUGUUUCUUCAGUAUUUAUAGCUAAUUGACAGAUUCGUUAUCGCUAACAUAAUUGUUUGAUAUACAACAUACUAUUUUUAGACACUUAUUUUCUUGCUUAGUGAUUAAUAUUGCUUGUGAUAACGAUGGGCAUGUUUGGUUGUAUAUAGACAUUAUAUAGCGAACAUUAAGGUAUGACAUGCAACCGUUACUGUAAAGUUAUUGAUUUGUUCCUUGUAUUCAUUUUAAAAAUUCACAACCUACUAUUUGACAAAGAACAUUUAUAAAGUUUGCAAAAUAAUGUUCUCAGUCAUAAACUAUGGCCAUUAAAUACUAGAGAUAAA